CUGCACGUGUGUCAAUUACCAAGCCGAAGAAAUGCUCAAUUAAUUACUCUGCUUACCCUAAGUCCACGCGCUCUCCGCAUGUUGGGUAAUGUGGUGUUGUGGUGUGUAGUGGCGGAUGAAAGAGACGCUCAAAAGUUUGGAGAAGAUCCCGCCCACAGAUCCUUGUCCACUCACCCGUUAUCGCUAGGCUAG